AUGCUGGCAAAUCGUCGUACUCGGCUGCGCUUUGACAACUUUACCUCGGAUCCCUUCGUCAUCGAUCAUGGGAUUGGUCAGGGGUGCCCAUUCUCUUUCCUCAUCUAUAUCUAUUACAACGCUGAUGUUCUGGACAUCCCCGAGGGCCCGAAUGAGCUCGCCUCCAGAUAUGCGGACGACACCAUCUUCAUCGCAACGGGAAAAACCUUCGAAGAGACUCACCACACCUUGGCAUCCAUGAUGACCCGCCCGGUGAAACGGCCUUUGGGCUAA